CGGACGGGAUGACGAUCAGGGACCCAGCCACGCCAGGCCCUGGAUCCUAGCCCGAUGAGGUCAGAUCUCUCCUAGCCCAUCCGGCGUUGGCAACGAAACACUGCCGCAUUGAUCAUUCCGUCACUCCCGUCUUGGGCCAUAAUAUAACUUGCCCGCUCUCGCUGUUGGUAUUUAUUGGUCCUGUGCUUUUCUUCUUCAGUGAUACCCGUAUUUCUAUCAUGAAGUACACCUCCUUUCUCACGGCUUCGGCCUUGUCGAGUCUGGCAUCUGCAUCUGCGAUUGAGGCGCGACUCGACAAUGCGUUGGGCGCGGCCAAGCGCGCGACGCCCCAGGCACCCAACGGCUACGCGCCGGCGGUGGUGGACUGCCCGUCGACACGCCCCAGCAUCCGCUCUGCAGACCGGCUCUCCGACGCCGAGACGGCGUGGCUGCAGAAGCGGCGGCCGAACACGGUCGACCCGAUGAAAGAGUUCCUGUCGCGAGCUAAUAUUCCGAAUUUUGAUGCAAGCGCGUAUAUUGAGAAGCACCGCGACAACACGACGGCGCUGCCGAACAUUGCUAUUUCGUUCUCGGGCGGCGGGUAUCGUGCGCUCCUGAACGGCGCGGGAGCGCUGUCUGCGUUUGAUAGCCGCACGCGGAAUUCGACGAGCAGUGGGCAUUUGGGGGGCCUGCUGCAGUCUGCGACAUAUGUCUCGGCGCUGUCGGGUGGAGGCUGGAUGAUUGGGAGUAUCUACGCCAACAACUUCACCAGCGUGCAGAGCAUCCAGGACCAGGGCGAGGAGACGGACAUCUGGCAGUUCCAGAACUCGCUCUUCGAGGGGCCGCCGAGGGGCGCGGUGCAGCUGCUCUCCACAGCCGACUACUUCCACAACCUGGUCAGCACGGUCAGCGACAAGGUCGACUCGCCGGCGGGCGCUUUCAACUCGUCCAUCACGGACUACUACGGCCGCGGGCUGUCGUUCCAGCUCAUCAACGCGAGCGACGGUGCUCCGGCGUACACCUUCUCUUCCAUCCAGGACGACCCUACGUUUUCCAACGGCGAGGCGCCCAUGCCUAUUCUGAUUGCGGACGAGCGGUCCCCAGGAGACCUCAUCGUCUCGCUGAACGCGACCGUAUUCGAGUUCAACCCGUUCGAGAUGGGCUCGUUCGACCCCACCACGUACGGGUUCGCGCCGCUGAAGUACAUCGGCUCCAACUUCUCCAACGGCGAGCUCGCGCAGAGCGAGGGCUGCGUUGCGGGCUUCGACAACCUGGGCUUCGUCAUGGGCACCAGCUCGUCGCUGUUCAACCAGAUCUUCCUGAGUCUCGGCGGCUUCGACCUCCCCGACUUCCUCACCAGCGUCAUCUCCAACGUGCUGGCUGCAGUCGGCCAGGACCAGAACGACAUCGCCGACUACACGCCCAACCCGUUCUACGGCUUCCACAACGACACCAACCCCAGCUUCGACCACGAGCGGCUGACGCUAGUGGAUGGAGGUGAAGACCUGCAGAACAUCCCCCUCAACCCUGUCAUCCAGCCCAUGCGCGCCGUCGACGUCAUCUUCGCAGUCGACUCAUCCGCCGACACCAUCGAGCCGUCGGCGCCCAACUGGCCCAACGGCACGGCGCUGAUCGCGACCUUCGAGCGCUCCGAAACGCCCAUCAUGAACCGCACCUCGUUCCCGUACAUCCCGGGGCACACAACCUUUGUAGCGCUGGGCCUGAACAACCGCCCCACGUUCUUCGGCUGCAACAGCAGCAACGUGACGUCCGGCGACAACAUCCCGCCGCUGGUCGUGUACCUGCCCAACUCACCCUACAGCUUCGCGUCCAACACGUCGACGUUUGCGAAGCUGGAUUACACGCUGGAGGAGCGCAAUGCGAUGAUCCAGAACGGGUACGAGGUGGUCACGCAGGCGAACUCGACGCGCGAGGAUGCGAGCGAUUGGCCCGUGUGUGUCGCGUGUGCGGUGCUGGCAAGGAGUUUUGAGAGGAACGGCGAGGCGGUGCCGGAGGCGUGCCAGCAAUGCUAUGAAUCUUACUGUUGGAACGGAACACUUGCCGAGGAUUCGGCGCCGUACUUCCCGCAGAUGCAGGGCGAGGCGUCGAUCAAGGAGAACGGCGUGGGCAGGUUCGCGCCGAACGUGGUUGGGUUUGCGGUGGCGGCUGCCGUGGCGGGUUUCCUUGCGUUUUGAUCAGAUUGUUAAGAUCUAGGGCCGUUUUGGCGUCCGGGCGAUACCCUUUUUCUAUGUAUUUAUUCUGCAUGAAUCGACAUGUAAACUGUCCUCGAAGUAUCCAUGUCCAGC